AUUUGUAAAAUGAAUGAAGAGGGAAUCUAUUUAAUGGCGGAAAUUAAGGAGACUAAUAAAAGUGCCCGAGCACCAACACAGCAUACAUAUUAUUAUUGCUAUACUUGAGCUCCCCACCAACCUAUGAAACCUUCAAUUCUUAUUUCAUCGGAAUUAAUUCUCACUGAAUUUCACUUCUUCCUCGAUCAAUUCCUCUGUUCUAUACUUAGAAUUCCGUUUCAAUCAAUCGAUUAAUCAUACAAUUUCGUUCAAGUAGAUGACAUGGUAACUUGUGUGCCUCGUUCGAAGCAGACUGAUAAGCUCGAUGAAUCAAACCGCAAUGGCAAUACCAAUUCCAGUAAGCAAACUGCGAAAACACUCGCGUCUCAGAUCAAGGAUAUGGCGCUAAAAGCAUCAGGAGCAUAUCGGGGUUGCAGUCCGUGUACAGGACCGGCGACGAUGAUGACUCCACAGCAGUUGUUACAGAAGAGUAACGAUGCAGAAUCAGACUUAUCGGCGUCGGUUUCCGAUAAGUUUCGGCAGUCCUACCGGCGAACUGGGAGCAAGAAUUCGAGUUCCGGCAGGGUUUGGGGGAAGGAAAUGGAGGCGAGACUGAAAGGCAUAUCGAUGGGGAGUGGAGGAGGCGGUGAGGCGGUGUCUGGUACGUUAUCGGCGUCGGCGAGUGGCCGGAGACCUGAGCCGAUCGUAUUGGUCGAUGAGAUUGAACCGAAAGAGUGGGUUGCUCAGGUUGAACCCGGUGUUCUCAUUACCUUCAUUUCGCUGCCGCGUGGUGGAAACGAUCUUAAACGAAUCAGGUUCAGUCGCGACAUGUUUAACAAGUGGCAAGCACAAAGAUGGUGGCAAGACAAUUUUGAUAAGGUAAUGGAACUGUACAAUGUCCAAAGGUUAAACCGUCAAGCAUUUCCCCUACCGAUGCCUCCAAGAUCUGAAGACGAACUAACCCUCGAGUCAAGGAGUUCAAAACCUGAAUUUCUUGAUGUUGACGAUAGUCCCCUGACACCAACUUUGAGUAAAGAAAAGUUACCACGAACCUUACAACGCCCAACUGGAUUCUCAUUACCACUUCACCACCACGACUCAAACCUAUCACAGGUUAACCAUGAAUCCUCUGGUCUAAUGGUCACCCCAAAAUUAUCAACAAUUAGCGGUGUUAAAACAGAAACAUCAUCCAUAAGCGCUAGCUCAUCAAGAGAAGCAGAUCGCUCAGGAGAGCUUUCCAUUAGCAAUGUAAGUGAUAUCGAAAAUGAAUGGGUGGAACAAGAUGAACCCGGAGUCUACAUCACCAUCAGAGCUUUUCAAGGCGGCUCAAGGGAACUUAGACGUGUCCGAUUUAGCCGUGAAAAAUUUGGAGAGGUGCAUGCAAGACUCUGGUGGGAAGAGAAUCGAGCAAGGAUACAUAGUCAGUACUUGUGA